GCGCGCAGGGCGGCUGCGGGAGCGCGGCGCAGGCGCGGUGGCGAGGCGCAGAGCGGCGGCCGGGCCGGGGCCGGGGCGCGGGGCGCAGCCCGCAGGGAGGCGGCGGCAGAACAUCAUUCAAGAAGAAUACUUCCUUCCAAAGUGGAAAGAGCCCAGUCCACAAUGAUGAAUGCCGACAUGGAUGCGGUUGAGGCUGAGAAUCAGGUGGAAUUAGAAGAGAAAACACGGCUUAUUAAUCAAGUUUUGGAACUGCAGCACACACUUGAAGAUCUCUCAGCACGAGUAGAUGCUGUUAAGGAAGAAAAUUUGAAACUGAAAUCAGAAAACCAAGUUCUUGGACAGUAUAUAGAAAAUCUGAUGUCAGCGUCUAGUGUUUUCCAAACAACUGACACAAAAAGCAAAAGGAAGUAAGGGGUGACUGACAGAUGGUGCCAUUGUAUUGCUGCUGUCUUCU